AUGAGAGGGCCAUUGGGGCCAGUGAUAGGGAGGUACCCGUCAAGUGAUGGAAAUGCUGGAAUGGGGGCUGGAAAUAAUGAUAUCAUUAAGCAUAACAGGAAAUGCAGAGAUGUGGUGUUUUUAGUCAUGUUCAUUGGGUUCUGGGUGGCAAUGAUUGUUAAUUCAAGCCUUGGUUUCCACCUGGGGAAUCCUUUAAGGCUAAAUUAUGGACUGGACUAUAAAGGAAACGUGUGUGGUGACAGACAUGCUGAUCGCGAUCUUCGUGAAUUGGAACUCAGAUACUGGUUAAACCCAAACCAGGUUUACCAAAGUGGUUUGAAGGAUAGCAAAUUUCAUAUUUCCAAUGCCCGGAGUAUUUGCUUAAUGGAUUGUCCAAUCCCAUCAGAAGAUUCCCUUAAUUGGGUCUGUGAUUAUCCAGAAGGAGAUAUCCGUCUCUCAGUUGAUGACUGGAUUGAUAGAAACUAUGAUUAUUUUGCAGACCUUCCUCCCGAGCUUAGGAACACUUCUCUCCAGCUUCUGGGCCCUUGCUAUCCAGUUGUAUUUCCAAGUGUUAAUGUUUAUUGGACCUGCCAGCUUAUUGCUCGUGUAUCGAAUGUGUCUAUGAGGCAUUGGCAGCAGAUGGGUGGAGUGAACAUCAUAGAGGACAUUGCAAUUGACAAAGCCAUCCACAGAUCCAUUAACUCUCGGUCAGCAGUCCUAAAGAGAUAUGUGGCUGAUGUUGGAAAAUCAUGGCGUGUAUUGCUUGUUUGUGGAGGACUUGUGCCACUGUUCUUAUCAGUAAUCUGGCUUUUGAUGAUCCGUCAUUUUGUUGCUGGAAUGCCAUGGAUAACUGUCAUUCUUUUUAAUAUUCUCAUAAUAUCAGUGACAAUGUUUUAUUACUUGAAAGCUGGAUGGAUUGGGAAUGAUGCCAUCUCUCCCAUCAUUGGUGAGCACGACCUUUAUUAUCAUGUAUCUGCAAGGGAAGCAAGUCAUCUCCACUUAGCCGCUGUUAUCAUGACCGCCGUGAUGAUAAUUGCUUUCCUAUCAUCUAUUGCUAUAGUCCGUCGCAUCCUUAUGGCAACAUCUGUCCUCAAGGUGGCUGCAAAGGUUAUAGGAGAAGUCCAUGCAUUGAUAGUUUUCCCAGUUAUACCAUAUCUCAUGCUUGCAGUUUUUUUUAUGUUCUGGAUUUCGGCUGCUCUCCAUCUUUUUAGUUCUGGAACGGUGCUACAGAAUGAAUGCAGCGCUAAUUGCUGUGCAUAUGAUCUCAAAUCGAAAAGGGUGAGCUGUGAUCAAUGCUGUGGUUAUAGGCUCCAUUAUACUACUCAUAUUGCUGCAGCAAUUCUUUUCCACCUAUUCGGUGGCUAUUGGGCCACCCAAUUUUUCACAGCGUUCUCUUCAACUGUGCUUGCGGGUUCUGUUGCUUCAUAUUAUUGGGCUCGAGGGGAAACAUCGCCUGAGAUCCCCUUCCUUCCAGUUUUCUCAUCGAUGAAGCGGCUUAUACGUUAUAGUCUUGGGUCUAUUGCACUUGGUUCUUUGAUUGUGUCAUUCGUUGAAUCAAUUCGAUUUAUACUUGAAGCACUCCGCCGCAGGCUAAAACUUUCAAAUUCUAUGCCUGGAAGCUGGCUUGGAAAGAUGGUAUUUCACACUUCACAGGGUUGCUUGAGGUGUAUUAGUUGGACCAUCAAAUCUGUGAACCGCAAUGCUUACAUAAUGAUUGCAAUAACAGGCAAAGGCUUCUUUAAAGCUUCUGAGAUUGCAACAGAAUUGAUCAUGAGUAACAUCCUUCGGAUUGGGAAGGUGAAUGUUCUUGGAGACGUGAUUCUCUUCCUUGGGAAGCUCUGUGUCAGCCUUACAAGUGCCCUUUUUGCUUUUCUAAUGUUGGACACCCAUAGAUAUAAAUCUGCACAUUACAAGAUUUCUUCCCCGCUGUUUCCUGUGCUGGUAUGUUGGAUUCUUGGAUACAUAGUUGCCACUCUCUUCUUUGGUGUGGUGGAGAUGUCUAUUGAUACUAUCAUUCUUUCGUACUGCCAAGACUCUGAUGAACAUCAAGGAACUGCUCAAUAUGCUCCUCCCCUUCUCAUGGAGACUUUGAAUGAUCAAAAUGAGAUGCAAAGACUUACUCAAUGA